AUGUCCACCCCGGUCCUUCGCGUCGGCAUCCUCGGCGCCACUGACACGGCCCAAGCCACCUACCUACCCAUCCUACACUCCGAUCCAACCCACUUCCAUCUCUCCAUCAUCUAUGACCCCAACCCCGAGGUCACGCAGCACUGCCAGGCCCAGUUCAAGAUCCCAUACCGCACAAGCGUCGCAGACGACGUCUUGCGCCAUGCAGGGAUCGAUCUAGUCCUGAACCUCCUACCCAUGGAAGACCGCGAGCAAUACACCGUGGCAGCCCUAAAGGCAGGCAAGCAUGUGAUGGUAGAAGCGCCUCUGAGCCUCAGCAUCCCGGGCUGGCAGCACAUCCGCGGCGCAAUCAAAAAGAGAAAUGCCACCACCGCCACCGGUGUCACCACCCAGUCCAAUGGGGAUACCAACAACAGCGUCGAGAGCAAGAACAAUCCCAAGAUCUUCGUCAGCUGUGCGUACCGCUACGCACCAUGUUUCACAGAAGUAUUCAAGAAAGAGCUCGCCAGUCUGGACCGAAUAUACUACGCACGAUGUCGCAACAUCGCAGGCGCGCCGAGUAUCAACCCAAGACCAACCACGAACGGCAAUAAACCCACCAAGAACGGCACCAACGGAGCAGCCACAAACCCAAACACAACCGCCCAAUUCCGCGCACUCCUCGCAGACGUCUUCGGUGGACCCGAAGAAGACCUCACCCCCGACCGCGCAGCAUUCUGCCGUUUCCUCGGGACACGCGGCGGCCACGACCUAUCGCUGAUGCGCGAGUGUCUCGGGCUGCCAGACGCCGUGUCCAGCGUCUCGAUUACAGUCCCGUUCUACUCGGUUGUGUUCCACUACACCGAUACCGCGGGACAAGGACAAGGGCACCCGUUUACGCUUCUCUAUGAAGCCGGUGUGGACGGCGUGCCGCGCUGCGAUGCGCAUCUUACUAUCUACGGCGCAAACAAGACUAUCAGCGUGCAGUAUGAUUUUCCGUGUCCUGGUGAGGUGGGGUCGAUUGAGGGGUUGUGUGUGCGGGUUGUUGUUGAGGAGGCCGAACCUGAUACUGCUGUGUGCAGUGGUCAUGGCCAUAUUAAUGGCAAUGGACAUGGCAAUGGUAUUGCCAGCAGCUGGUACACCGACAGCUGUGCCCGUGUCAAGAGAACCGAGAUAGUGAGCAGUGCCGACGACGCGUAUCGACAGGAACUUGCUGCCCUGUAUUCGUAUCUGGUGGAGGGGAACACGGCGGGGAAGACGGAUGCCGGGGAUGCCCUGAUGGAUUUGAGGUUGCUGCGCUUGAUCUUUGAGCAUUAUAAUCGGCAGUGCGGGACGAUUCGCACGCCGUUGGGUUAG